AAUGAGAAUUGAUCAGCAUGAUGGAGUAAGUCAAAGCCAGACUUCCCUCACAUCAGGUGUUUUAUACACUUGCUAUGCUAAGCGCAUUGAAGAUAGCAUGUGCAUUAGCACGUUUUUACAUGACUACAAAAUAAAUCAUAUCUGUAAUGUCUGUUUGCGAGGUUCCAUAUUUCCUACAUAGAGAGCUAAAACAUGAAGCCGCAGCUAACUGUUUAGGGCAGCCAGGGUAUCUGAGUGGAAAGGCGGGGAGUUCAAAGGGGUCAGAGAUCACUGUGGUCCUAAGAAUAUGGGCAGAGCUUGCCAAAGAGAGGAGACUUGAGCCAAGCCCUACAAGGAUGCUUGUUAUUAACCUGCCCUCCACUAUUCCCUGCUUCUUAACCGUUAGUGGAUCUUGGCAGUUGGUCAUGCCGUCUUGGAAUAAAGGAUAGUUAGGGAGAGCCUAAUAAUGCAUAUACUAACACUUGGUGCAUUUCUGCUUACAAGUUAACUUCUUUUAAUUCCAGGAUCCUAAUAAUAGAAACUGUUAACUUUUCCUUGUGCAAGUGUAGCCAUCCUGCUUUCUGACAGUUUCUUUACUCUCCAUUUAGAUUCUAAAUAUAUGGGGCCUGGGAUCCUGUGAUUCUUAUCCUUACUUCUUAAUUCCCUAUGGAUAAGACUGAGCUGCUUUCUUACAUUGUAAUCUAAUCACUUACUGAGAGGCCUCCGUAUUUGUUGAAGGUGAUGGAUUAGCUUUUCAAGCACCACAGCCCAUACAGUGCUGGUUGUCUGGGGCAUCCCCAUCACCUGCCUUCCCCUGAACUCUAUUUCUGUUCCAACCAAAUGUGCUCCUGCCUUUUUUUGCAGAUCACCCCAUUUCCAUAGCCCAUUAAAUAUACUUUUAAGGAGAUGUCAAGACUUCCCUUAAGAGUAUGGGCUUUUACUUGUGACAGCACAUAUGCAUAAACCAGGAGAUAGGCACCUUGGCAGAUGAAAUCUGACCAAGUACAGAGAAAACCUUAAUUAAGAGCAUCCAAGUUAAUUUUAAAACACUUCAAGUCAAUAUAGCCUUAUUUUUUAAAUUAGUAAAUAGUUUUAGCUACUAAGUUUCAGCUCAGUUAAUAUAAUAAGCUUUCCUCAAGUUCAUUUGAACUUUUGUCCAAUUCACUAAAAAUAUUUUUAGUAAACUGUUGCUUUAGACAACUGAGCUUUUUCUCUGUGGUGCUUUUUUGCAAAGGGGCUGGUUUCCAUAUGUGGGCCUUAAUUUAUACAGUUGCUCUCUGUUCUCCUCUUUAUGAUCUUUCAUUCUGUUCAUUCUAGUUGCUUUGUAAGUUUGAAAAAAAAAAUAGUAUGUAGGUAGACCUGGAAAGAGUACAUAUGAGCAAAAUUAUUCUUAAGCAAAAUUUUAUAUAUUGUAAAUUAUUUUUCAUAGACCAUCAUCUUGAAACUUAUCACAAAGAAAUAUGGAGAUCUUUUCACCAUUAACACUGCAGAGAUUCAUUUAUUUAACAUUAAACUGGCUUCCCACUCUGUGCCAGAUGUAGUUCCAGGUGCUGAGGAUUUCACAGUGAACCAAACAGACAAGGGCCCUCCCUGCUCUUGGCCACACACGUUCUGACUGUAAUUGCAGUAGAGAUGCAGACAACAAACAAAUCAUCACAUACACAGCCAUAUCCACAACCUCAUUACCUGUAGAGCUGUUGAAUUUAGUCUCAUGGUGCUAGCCCCCCAUCUUGAAAGAGGUGUUUAAGGACCUUAUUCUGGUACAGGAGAGAAAGGAUGGGAAGGUCAAGUUUCUCAUGGUUAAACUGGAGCUAAAUGUGAUUUACUUUCAGAAUUGUAAAGAUGAAAACUCAUUCAUUCAUUAAGCAAAUCUUUAUUGGACAGUAUAUCAGUCGGGUUUCUAUUAUGUUCCAGGCUUUAUAAUAAGGCCCUUAAGUACUUCACACUCUAGUUGGAAAGAUGGAAACAUAAAAUAAAUAAUUUCAGAUAAAUGUUAUAAUGAAAACAUAUGUCAAAAGGAGAACCACAAAAGCAGUAACUAACCGCCUGGGGGAAGGCUUUAUCAUACAGUGACCUCUAACUUGUAUCUUAAAGGUGACUAGAAAUACAUGAUGCUUCAUUUGUUCAGCAAAUGUUUACUGAGCACCUUCUGUGAACCAAGCACAGUUGUAAGCACUGUAGACAGCAGUGAACUAGGCAUAGUCCCUGCUCUCUUGGCAGCAGGGAAACAGACAAUAAACAUAUAGACAAACAAUUAUAUAUUAGAUGGUAAUACUGCUAAUGCAAAAAUAAAAUAAAAAAUAAAGGAUACUGAAGGAAACAGAGAGUGAUAGAUGCUGUUUUAGAGAGUGUGUCUAAUGAGAUGACAUUAGAUCAGAAGCCCGAAUGACAUGAGAGAUUGAGACCAAGAAGCAGGGGGAAGUCAUUUCAGACAGAAGGAACAGCAUGAAUAAGAUGUAAUAAUCAUGAAAGCAUGGCAUCUUUAGUGCAAAGUGGGAUAUUCUCACUGAGCACGCAGUUAGGUGGGGCGCAGGGAGUUGGAGGUGUUUGGUAGAUGAAGCUGGGAAAGAAUUGGCAGAGGGAGGCAUGGAGAGAAGAAAGGAGGACAAAAGGGAGGGGCCAAAUGGUGAAAAGCCACGUGUUCCACACUCAGGAGUUUCAUUGUUGAUAUUGUGGCCUGGGGGAAGAGGGGCUAGAUUUUGAAAAAAAAAUUUAAGAGGAAAAUGACAUGGUUAGAUUUUCAUUUGGUCAGGUUUGGUCUGGGUUUUGGCAAAUUACUCUAACAGCGGUAUGCAAGAUAAAGUUGAAAGGAGGUGCAGAGGAAGUUAAUUAUGAUGUUACUAGAGGCCUGAUGCACGAAUUUGUGCACAGGUGGGGUCCUUCAGCCUGGAUGGUGAUCGGGGCCAAUUGGGGCCAUCUUGCCUAGUUCCAAUUGGGCCUGCCAACCUAGGGAGGGACCAUGGGAGGUUGGCUAGCUGCGGGAGGUUGGCUGUGGGAGCGCACUGACCACCAGGGAGCAGCUCCAGCGUUGAGCCUCUGCCCCCUGGUGGUCGGUGUGCAUCAUAGCUACCGGCCGGUAAUGUGGCCUAAAUUAAAACAGUAAGAUGAGGCUAGAGUUCAGAUGUUUUAGAAGACCUAUUAAAGUAAAAUUUGAUUCCCUAUAAAGUAUAGGCAAGGUCAAGAACCACUCCUAGGUUUAAGCUUCAAUGAUGAUGCCAUUAACCAGCUUAGGGAGCCUUGGAGGAAAGCAGAUAUAGAAGAAGUACAGAUAAUGAAUUUUAUUUGGGGCACUGGGAAAUACAGAACUGGACAUUAAAAGUCAAGUCUGAAAUACAGAUUUGGCAUUUCAUGGAAAUUUAAAAAGGAGAAGGAGCAAGAAGAGUAGUCAGCAUUGUCCGAUACUACACAGAAGUAUAGUGGGAUACAGAUUUUUUUUAAAACCAUCAGAUUUGACAGUUGGAAUGUCACCAAUGAUUUCUAGAAGACCAAUUUCAGUGGACGUGGUGGCAGAAACACAUCAUGCUUGAAUUGGAGAGUGAACGGGAUUGUCCAGCCCAGGUCACUGUCCUCUUAGGAGCUUUGAACUUGAUGUUUUUCUUCUCUUCCCCAUCCCUCAUUGGCUUUUUCCACCCAUGCCCUAAGACUGGGUGCCUGAGCUGCAGACGUAGUGGAGGGGAAAAUAUUCUAAGAUUCUUGGGUCUCUAAUGUGCAAGGAACCAGGAUGAGGGGAACCUGGUGUUGGUGAGUCAGGUAUUGCAGGGAGCAGUCAGUGGGGAAGAGCUGGUAAGGCCAGUCCGAGACCUGCCUCCAGAGGGGAAGGGAGAUGAAGCACAUAGGUCUCCAUUAUAGGCAGGAAUUCUGAACCUGGAAGCCGAAGUAGGAUGAGGUGCAAAGGACUUUAAGGGCUGGUGGGAGAAACAUGGAAUCAGUUGAGAACUUGGCCCCGUGAGAGAGUGGAAUCUGGCAAAGUGUGGGGGUGAGGGGUAGAGUCUGACAGAAAAUUAAUGUUAACUGGAAAGUCAGGCAGCGAUGUUUAGGUUUCUUGGGACACAGGGCAUGAACAUGUAUGUGCAAAGGAGAGACUAUUGGCAGUACUGUGACCAUAAAGACAGCAUGAGGGGACAGUUAAUGGAUUGAAGGCCAGUCCCAGAGAUACCUGGCAUAUAGACGUUUAACAAACGUUUGUGAAGCCAAAUGGGGUCGUUCAAAUCAUGUGGAGGAAAGGAAGUAGAUACCCGAGUUCUGAAGGGCUGUAAGUAAAUACCUAGGUCCUUUCAGGGAUACGAUGGAGGCAGUGACUAAGGAAUCCCAGGCAGCUUGGAGGUGCAAAGCUCAGGGAGGGAGGUGGAAGGAAAGUUCAGGGUAGAGGACGUAUUUCCUUAACCCUGGAGACCCUAAGACUUAACCGGUGGGUCUAUUGGAUUUCCCCACCACGGAAGACACCCUUGGCCUGUUUCUCUUGCCUGCACUGCCAUCUCCACCCUCUGGGGGGCGGGGCUCGAGGGCAAGGCAGGUAGGUGGCUGUUGUGAAGCCUCGAGAGCCACCAGUUCCUACCAGACUUCCUGCGUGGGGUGCGGUUUUACUCCAUGGCGGAGCGCAAGCCCUCCCACUUGUCCCCUCAGCCAGCUGGUGGUGGGGGCGGGCCCAGAGGGCCAAUGCCAGUGGGUAUUGACACUCCAAUUUGGUUGAGUGCCCAUGCGGCCCCUGGCAGUUUGAUGGUCAGGCCGGGCAUCCAGAUGGGAAUCUCCCCGAGCCCUGAGGUGUGGGCGGUGCCCCUGAAUCCCCAGUCAUACAAAUUGCGGGGCAGGGUGGUGCCCUGCGAGGCCCGGGUCGGAGUUGGCGAGGCGGGGGCCUGGCUGCAGAGCCCUUCGGAAGGCACUCUCCGUGGGCCUCUCAGCGCCCUGCGGUACAUCCCGAGGUUGGCGCUGCCCGAGGACCUCUCGGCCGUGGAGAAAGAGAUGGAACAGCUGGCCAAGGAGCUGAGAGAGAGGAGGAUGACCCUUGGGUACUCGCAGGCCGACGUGGGGUUCGCUGUGGGCGCUCUUUUUGGAAAGGUGCUUAGCCAGACGACCAUCUGCCGCUUCGAGGCCCAGCAGCUCAGCCUCGCCAACAGGUGGAAGCUGCGCCCGUUGCUGAGAAAGUGGCUGGAGGAAGUGGAUACCAAGAACCUUCUGGGCUUAUGCAGAAUGGAGAUGAUCCUGCACCAGGCUCAGAAGUGGAGACGGGCAAGCAGGGAGAGGCGCAUCGGAAACAACCUGGAGCAAUUCUUCCUGCAGUGCCCGAAGCCCACAGCCCAGCAAAUGAGCCGCAUCGCUGGGCAGCUUCGGCUGCGGAAGGACCUGGUCCAAGUUUGGUUCUAUAACCGGAGCAAGAUGGGCAGUCUGCCAACUAAUGAUUUCUGUCCACCGGAGGAGGUGGGGGUUGCCAGGCCUCCUUUCCCAGGGGGAACAGUAUGCUUUCCCCUAGCAUCGGGGCUCCGUUUUGGUCCCCCCAGCUAUGGGGGACCUUACUUUACACCCUUGUACUCCUCAGCCCCUUUCCCUGAGGGAGGCGCCCUCCUCUCUGCCCCCAGCACCACUCCGGGCGCCCCCAGGCUUUCCAACUGAGGGCCUGACCUUCUGGGGAGAGCCGUGCUGGGAAACAUCCCUGGCGCUCCCGUCGGGGCUUCAGCAUUAGUUAUGGUUCACUGUCGAAAGAAGCUAAGAAUCCAUAUGUAGGAAGGGGUCAUAGGGUGGGAGUAAUUUUUAAAAACUUAGGAAUGGAAAUUGAAGUUUAUUCUGCUUUGUGUUUUUCCUUUUGUUUUUACCUAGCAUUGGUUUUAAAAUACAUUACAAUACAUAGAUGGUUCGGAUAUUUUGUUUCUUUUUUUAUUAAUUGAAUGUUAAUUGUGUCUCAUUCCUUGUGGUUAUUAGUAAACAGGGUUUAGUUUUUAUACACAAUAAUGAGUGAAAAACUCAAGGCCCAGUAGACUUUCAGUAUACCACUUUUAUCAGAACAAGUAAAGCUUCGUGUAAACCCAGACACAGAGUCCAGGAUAUUAGUUCCCUUCAGGGGAAGGUUUGAGGAAGGAAUAGAGGGGUACACAGAGCCUACCUGGAGUCCUUAAAGAAACACGCAUGUUGCUUGUUCUCUCCUUCUUGAAAGAUGAGGUAUUUUUCUAGUUCACCUUUUCUUUAGAGUGCCCCAGCUUAAAGUGGGGGUCUCAAUUCACAUCUCCACCUUAUGUAGUCCAACAGGUUUAGCUCCUGUCCUGCCACCGUCAUUGUAUUUUAGACUCCUUAGUUACUGAGAUUGGCAAACUGGACCGCAUUGGCUCAGCUCCGGCGUAAUUCUCUGCUUUUGAGCUCCAUCUGGUUUAUUCCCUGGGAAUUUCCCUUUCUUUCUAAAAAACCUCUUAAGGCUUUUCAAAAAAAAAAUUUA